AUGUACUACCAUCAACAUGAAGAAGUAAGGAACAUGCAUGCUUUAAGGAUGCAAAUGCAAGAAAGAGGAAAUGGAAGUAUAGAUUCAGGACUUGUUCUCUCAACUGAUGCUAAGCCAAGACUAAAAUGGACACCUGAUCUUCACCAACGUUUCAUCGAAGCCGUCACUCAACUUGGAGGAGCAGAUAAAGCUACACCAAAAACAGUAUUGAAACUUAUGGGAAUUCCUGGACUUACAUUAUACCAUUUAAAGAGUCACCUACAGAAGUAUAGGAUCAGUAGAAGUACAAAUGGUCACACUAGUAAAAUUGCAGCAACACCAACCAGUGAGGUGGAAAGAAGAAUGUUAGAACCAAGUGGAAUUCAUAUGAAAGAUUUAAGCAUAGGACUCCAAACAAACAAAAAUUCAGAUAUAAAUGAAGCAUUAAAUAUGCAAAUUGAAGUGCAAAGAAGACUACAUGAGCAACUUGAGGUACAACGACACUUACAAUUACGUAUAGAGGCUCAAGGAAAGUACCUUCAUUCAGUGCUUGAAAAAGCUAAGGAGACAUUAGGAAAACAAAACUUAGAAAUAAAAGAAUUGAAUAUGAUUUGGCCUCAACAAACACAAGAAGUUGAAGCCAUUGGUUAUUCAAUGGGAAGUUUCUUAACCAAUAGUGAGGAUUCUCAAAGAGACCAAGAAAUGCAUAACAAAGGCAUCAUUUCGAGACCAUAUAAUGGCACAUUUUGUGAUGAAGUGAAGGAGAAUAUGAUGUUUCUUUCCUCAUCAAAUGAUAAAGUACUAAAAGGAUCGAAUGGAGUAUUAGAAAAUAGCUCUAGCCUCUUAUCUAUGAAUAUAGGAAGAGUUCAUGAAGAAGAAUUGUUUUUUAAGAGAACGAUUUCAAAGGAAAAUUUAAAGGGUGAAGAAUGGAAGAGAAGAAAAAGUAGUGAAACUAGUGGAAUGCAACUUAAACUUAAUAGUGAAAAAAUUUCUCAAGAUUAUAGGCUAGCUAACUUUGAAGUGAAAUUAGACUUGAAUUCUCAUGAUAACAAUGAUGCUUCUUCUCACUGCCAAAAAUUUGAUUUGAAUGGGUUCAGCUGGAAUUGCUAG